GUCAAAUCCCCUUCCCAUCAUCACCACUCAUCAGAAAUAGACGGUCGAGCGAUUAAGGUGACAGCCUACCACUCUGGGAGACCCGGGAUCGAAUCCGGACGGGUCGAAAAUUCUCCAGGAAUUUUUCGGGGUGGUCUGACCGGAUAUGUCAGCCCCCGUUCCUCACCAUUGAGGGCCUGACCGAACCCAUAAUAGACUUGCUUAAAAAGAGGCCUUCUUAGUGCCCACAGGGCGGAAAGAGUUAAAAAAAAAACCCGCUUGGCCGUCCGAUGUUGGCACUAAUGAGUGUUUACUGCAGAUGGCGCUAUACUGUAUGUGUUUGUGUAACCACGUGUUUUUGCAGAAGUUCAUUCCAUGUUGAUGAAAUAGUUUAUCCAACUCAGUCUUCACAUGCUUAUACAUCUACAGAGUAUUAAAAACUAUACUAUCUGUUUGACAGUUUAUUAAUAAUAUAUGACGCAUUUAUUAUAAUGCCAUAUAAUGAUUCAGUUGGUAUAAAGAUGAGUUUGUGUGAAAAUUCAUAAUCAGAUAUCUAUCAAUAACAAUAUAUUAAAAGUUGUAAUUCGAUUAAAUCUGUAUAAAAAAGCUAAUUCAAAAUGACAUCAAUUUUAACUCGUAGCAUUAUCGAGAUUUCAGAACAUCUGCAAUCAGGUUUACUUACGUCAACAGAAUUAUUAAAUUUAUGUUUAGAAAGAGUAAAGAAAACGGAAUGUUUAAAUGCAUUUAUAACAAUUACCGAGGAAUUAGCGAGAAAGCAAGCUACAAAUUCAGAUGAAAGAUAUAAAAAAAGAAAACGUCUUGGUAUGUUGGAUGGAAUACCCAUAGCUGUGAAAGAUAAUUUUAAUAUUAUGGGAGUUAGAACAACUUGUGGAUCAAACAUGUUAAAAAAUUAUAUAUCUCCUUAUAAUGCAACAGUAAUUCAACGUUUAUGUAAUCAAGGUGCUGUUAUUAUUGGGAAAACAAAUAUGGAUGAAUUUGCAAUGGGUUCUGGUACUAUAGAUUCCAUUUUUGGCCCAACAAAGAAUCCAUAUUAUUCAGGUUUAAAGUUCAAAUUGAUUCAUAGAAAUUCAAUUAAUGAUACACAUUUAAAUACUGCAUUUUGCAAAAAAUAUGGAGUUGAAAAUGAUUGGUAUAUAUCAGGAGGAAGCUCUGGUGGAAGUGCUGUGGCAUUAACUACAGGAACAUGUUUUGGGUAUUUGAAACAUAAUGGACACAAAGCCAAGAAUUAUGCUUCCAUGGCUGAUUCUUAUGCUGCUAGUAGACAUGAAGGUUUUAGUGAAGUAGUUCGUGGAAGAAUUCUUGCUGGUAAUUAUUUCUUAUUAAAAGAAAAUUAUGAAAAAUAUUUUGUUCAAGCAAUGAAAGUAAGAAGAUUAAUUUUAAAUGAUUUUCAAAAUAUAUUUAAGAAAGGAAUAGAUUUUCUCUUAACACCAGUAACUCUAACUGAUGCCCCAUUAUAUUCAAAUUGGAUUACUAAGGAUAACAGAGAACAAGUCUCUGUUGAAGAUUUUUGUACUCAGCCUGUAAAUAUGGCAGGUAUUCCUGCAGUUAGUUUACCCUGUGGAUUUUCAAACAAAGGUCUUCCAUUAAGUUUGCAGAUAAUAGGACAGUCUUUUCAAGAGAAGAAGUUGUUAAUAAUCGCAAAAUGGUUAGAACAGCAGUUAAAUUUUCCAUUAUGGGAUCUAAAUGAAUAAAAAUAUAAAAUUUGUAAAAUUUUAAAAUUAUAUGCUAAUAAAAUAAAAUUUAUUUAAAGAAA